UCGUCUGGUUGGGCCAUUCUCUCUCUCUACACUUCUCGAGACGGUUUUCUUACCAUCUAUCUUCGUCGCUGCUGAGAUUCUAACUCGCUUGGGCCAAUCUCCGAUCCUCUCGAUCUCCCCAUCCGAUCGCUCGCUCGCUGCGCGCCUGACGAGCCGAACAAUGGCAGAUAAAGACGAGGGAGAGGAAACUGUUACUCGCAGAAAUGAAUGGGAAGUUGUCUCACUUACAGCGUCAGCAUAUACGGCUGCUCCUGGUCCAGAUGUUGAACUGAAAACUGAUGACAAGGGUAAUGCAUAUGAUGUUGAUGAUGCAGAAAUAUCUCGUGCUUUGUUCAUGUCCGGUCACUUUGUCUUUCCACCCAGCCAACAUGAAAAUCUUCCAUUGGCGCCUGAGAAAGAUCAACCUGAAGAAGAAAAACAACAAGAUGAUGUUGCUGAACUGGAAACAGAAGGGGGAAUUUCUAGCGGAAAGGACCAGAAAGAUACGAGUUUCAGGACUACACAUGAUGAGUUUCCUGGAGUAGAGUGUUUGGAUGAGACAGGUGGCAGACAGUUUGUUCAUGAUAAGGAGUUUGAGGAAGGCAUGAGUCUGCAAGGGCUAGAUAUGCCGUAUGCUGAUGCUACUUUAAGUUCUUUUCACGGUGAAGCUGCUCUUGGUGGCCUUAAUCCAAGUACAUAUGUUGACAACACAAGCACUGAGUUAACCGAACAUGAACAUGUCUUAGAAUCCGCCGAGGAGUUAUCGAGGUCAUCUAAAUCCACCAAAGAUCACGAUUAUUAUGAGACUGACCUUCCUUGUGGAGCUUGGUGGAAGAAACGUGCGGUUUCAUUUUAUACACAUGCGAAGGAGGCAAAUACUUUUUGGUCUAUUUUUGUUGCUGCAGCUGUGACGGGUCUUGUAAUUCUUGGGCAGAGGUGGCAGCAAGAAAGAUGGCAAGUUCUUCAACUUAAAUGGCAGAUGGCCAUCAAUGAUGAGAAGAUGGGCCGUCUGCUGGGUCCCAUAUAUCGCAUGAAAGAUGUGAUAGUGGGCGGCCACCGACGUGGCUCCUUUAUUAGGGGCAGUUCCUCGAGUGAGAACUAAGAUGAUGGCGAAAAAUAUCGAGGGAGAGUGAGUGAGAGAUUUUAGUAUGUUGUUGUAUUCUGCUGCGGCUGUUAUACCAAUGACCGAGUUACACAUGUGCUAUUUAAUUUAUAUUGUGGUGACAGGUGACAAUUUUAUGGUAGUGUAAAUCCAUUGUACAGUGAUAUGCCUGGCAAUAGUUGGUUCUGCCCAAACUGGACAUCAUGUGUUAUAGGGAAAGUUUCUGUGACAUGACCGCUUUAGUA